UUUAUAUAAUUUUUUUAAGCGGCUUAUCAACAUCCGAAUCCGGCUCUUAAUUCCAACAAAAAAGAUACAAAUCCAAAAAAGGAAUCGUCACCAAGUAAAGAAAACUGGUUCAUUGUACCUUUUUAUUGUAUAUCCAUCGGCACAGAUGAAUGUCUUUAAAUUCGAUUUGGAGCAUCGUUUGACCUUGAUACAUUAAAAGAAAAAAAAAAUCAACCACACCACUACCAGAUUCCGGUACGCAUGAUAUGCUUUUAGCACAUGAGACAUCGCACUUACACAGAUGGUUUAUUCUUUUUUGAUAUUGUACAAGAAAUAAGUAUAAAAGGAGAAUUAAAGACCAACUACAAUCAGUUCACUUCAGGUUCCAUUACCAGAAUAACAUUAAUUCAAUCACUAAAAAUGGCAUUCAAAUUUGUUGCUUUCUUCGCUUGUCUUGCUGUUGCCAGCGCCGGAUACAUUGCUUCACCACUUGCUGCUGUUGCAACUCCAGUUUUGGCCAAGACCGAAGAUCACGAUCCUCAUCCACAAUACUCCUUCGGGUAUGAUGUCCAGGAUGCCAUUUCCGGCGACAACAAGAACCAACAGGAGACCCGCGAUGGAGACAUCGUUCAUGGUCAAUACUCUUUGAAUGAUGCCGAUGGUUACAGACGCAUCGUUGACUACACUGCCGACCCUAUCAAUGGAUUCAACGCUGUUGUCCGCAGGGAACCAUUAGGUGCUGCUGUCGCUGUCAAGACUGUUGCCGCCGCCCCAGCUUUGAUCAAGUCCACUCCUUUGGCUUAUGCUGCAGCUCCAGCUCUCGUCAAGUCAUACGCUGCUGCUCCAGCUUUAAUCAGAUCUGCACCUUUGGCUUAUGCAGCUGCUCCAGCUCCUUUGGCUUACUCUGCUUCCCCAAUCUACCAUCAAGCACCAGCAUUGAUCCGUUCAGCUCCAGCUUUACUCAAAACCUCAUAUGCUGCUCCAGCUUUGAUCAAAUCUGCUCCCGCUUUGGCUUACUCAACUGGCCCAGCAUUGGUUAAGACCAGCUUCUCUUCCCCCAUUAUCUCAUACGCUUACUAAUUUAUGAUGACACAUGGAUAUAGGAACUUCUCUUGUUGUUAAUGUUAUUGUUAUUGUGAACCUGAAAUACAAAACUGAAAACGAAA